AUGUUUGGAGCCUUCCGCAUGACCUCCCCGCUCUCGAGCGGCCUCCUCUGGAAGAUCCCGUGGCGGCUCUCCAAGUUCCAGAAGCGCCGCCACCGCGAGCGCCUCCGCGCCGUCGACGACGUGAUUGCGACGGUGGACGCUGCGCUGGCCAAGAAGGGCGAGACGGUGGCCGCGCUGGAGCGGUGGAAGGCCGAGAUGCCGACCGAGGCGGAGAUGCUGCCGAGGGACAAGUAUACCAUGUUUGAUCGCAAGGAGAAGAAGUACCGCAAGGGCAUUCACAAACUUCCCAAGUGGACGAGAGUUUCGCAGAGAUUGAACCCGCCGGGUUACUAG